CUCCUCUCCUGUCCUCUCCCCUGCUCUCUCUCUCCUCAAUCGCAGGGCUGCGCUCACCGACUCGACACCGCCAACAGGGAUGCAGCGAGGGCGCAGCGCAGCCUGAAAAUGGCACCACCACGCGUCCUGUGGAUCUAUCCAUCCCUUUACCUCCUGUCCUCCCUGCUUCUUUUUCACGCACUGUCGCCGUGUCGAGCCUUACGGAAUUACCCGGAGAAUGAAGUUACGUUGCUGGACUCCAUGUCGGCCUUGGCCGACCUGGGCUGGGAGGCUUACCCUAAUGAGGGGUGGGAGGAGAUCAGUGUGAUGGAUGAGAGAAACACCCCAAUGAGGACCUACCAGGUGUGUAACGUCAUGGAGGCCAACCAGAACAACUGGCUGAGGACGCGUCACAUCAGCCGAGAAGGAGCGCAACGCGUCUACAUUGAGAUCAAGUUCACCCUGAGGGACUGUAACAGCCUGCCUGGGGUCCCUGGUACCUGCAAAGAGACAUUCAACAUGUACUACUACGAGUCUAACAAUGCCAACCUGUGGUUCAUCAAGGAGAGCCAGUAUGUCAAGAUCGAUACCAUUGCAGCAGAUGAGAGUUUUACACAGGUGGACGUUGGCGACCGUGUGAUGAAACUCAACACAGAGGUGCGUGACAUCAGCAACCUGAGUAAAAAAGGUUUCUACCUGGCCUUCCAGGACCUGGGGGCGUGUAUUGCCCUGGUCUCAGUCAGGGUCUUCUAUAAGAAGUGUCCCCUCACUGUGCUCAACUUGGCCCAGUUCCCCGACACAAUAACGGGCGGAGACACAGCGCUUGUAGAGGUCCACGGCAUGUGUGUUAACUCCUCUGAGGAGUUUGAAGCUCCCAAGAUGUACUGCAGUGCAGACGGAGGCUGGCUGGUUCCCAUUGGGAGGUGUGUGUGCAAACCAGGCUUCGAGGAGAACAAGGACGUCUGCCAACCGUGCAGACCUGGUACCUACAAAGCUUCGGCUACAGAUGCCUACUGCACCAAAUGUCCUCCUCACAGCUCGUCCUCGCAGGAGCAAGCUGUCGAGUGCGCUUGCGAGAAAGGUUUCUACCGCGCUGAAACUGACCCACGCUCCAUGUCCUGCACACGUCCUCCAUCUGCUCCAGAGAACCCCAUCUCCACAGUGAACGAGACCUGCGUCACCUUAGAGUGGUCGCCACCCAGAGACACGGGAGGCCGGGGAGACAUCACCUACAGCCUCCACUGCAGGAAGUGUUCCGGUGAUGGCAGGAAGUGCAUGCCAUGCGGUGGCAGCGUCCAUUUUGUUCCAAGACAGUUUGGUCUAUCGUCAGCCACCGUGCUGGUCACCGACCUGCAGCCAGAUUCCAACUACAGCUUCACUGUUGAGAGCCAGAAUGGCGUGUCAGACUUAAGUCCCACACCUAGAGGAACAGUAGUCAUCAAUGUCACUACAUCACAGACAGUGAGCGUGGUGUUGAAGGAGAGGCGGAGCAAGGACAGUGUGACUUUGGCCUGGCAGGGUCCAGAGAGACCCAACGGCGCGAUAGUGGAGUAUGAGGUCAUCUACUAUGAGAAGAAUCAGCGGGAGCAGAACUACACAGUCUUGAAGACUCGCUCCAACAUGAUGACAGUGGACGGGCUCAAACCAGGGACCACCUAUGUGUUCAGGGUCAGGGCUCGAACCGACGGGGGUUACGGGAGCUACGGUGGAGAGAUUGAAUUGGAAACCAGCCACGAAGAUGUUUUUGCUAUCGGGGACCCUAACCAAUCCACCAUUCUGGCUGUGUCCAUCGCUGGGGGAAUAGUUCUCCUCAUCUUCCUGGUGACUUGCUUCGUUGUCAGCGGAAGACACUGUGGAUAUAUCAAAGCCAAGCAGGACCCUGACGAAGAGAAGAUGCAGUUCCAACAUGGCCGAGUCAAGCUUCCAGGCAGCAGGACCUACAUCCAUCCUCACACCUAUGAAGACCCCAACCAGGCCGUCAGGGACUUCGCCAAAGAGAUAGAUGCUUCUAAUAUUCGCAUUGAGAGAGUCAUUGGAGCUGGAGAGUUUGGGGAGGUGUGCAGUGGUCGGCUGCGUGUUCAGGGAAAGAGGGAGAUCUACGUGGCCAUUAAGAGUCUGAAGGCAGGAUACUCUGACAAACAAAGGAGGGACUUCCUGUCUGAGGCCUCCAUCAUGGGACAGUUCGACCAUCCGAACAUCAUCAGGCUGGAGGGCGUCGUCACAAGAUGUAAGCCAGUGAUGAUCAUAACGGAGUUCAUGGAAAACGGAUCUCUGGACACUUUCCUCAAGAAACAUGACGGCCAGUUCACAGUGAUCCAGCUGGUUGGCAUGCUGCGUGGCAUCGCCUCAGGUAUGAAGUACCUGUCAGACAUGAGCUACGUUCACAGAGACCUGGCAGCGCGAAACAUCCUGGUCAACAGCAACCUGGUGUGUAAGGUGUCUGACUUUGGCCUGAGUCGGGUUCUGGAGGACGACCCAGAGGCUGCCUACACUACAAGGGGAGGGAAGAUCCCCAUCAGAUGGACGGCUCCAGAGGCCAUCGCCUACAGGAAGUUCACCUCAGCCAGCGACGUGUGGAGUUACGGUAUCGUCAUGUGGGAGGUGAUUUCAUAUGGAGAGAGACCCUACUGGGAGAUGUCCAACCAGGAUGUCAUCAAAGCAAUAGACGAGGGCUACCGUCUUCCCGCUCCAAUGGACUGUCCUGUGGUGCUGCACCAGCUCAUGUUGGACUGCUGGGAGAAGGGACGCAGCGACAGGCCAAAGUUUGGACAGAUUGUCACAAUCCUGGACAAGCUCAUCAGAAACCCAGCCAGCCUCAGAGAGCUGGCCAACAGCUCAGCAUGCAGGGAGGAUCCGUCCACCCCAGAGUUCAGUGUGAACACAGUGGAUGAGUGGUUGGAGGCCAUCAAGAUGGGCCAGUAUAAGGAGAGCUUUUCCAGUGCUGGAUAUGUCAGCUUGGACUCAGUCCUCUACGUCAGUGUCAGUGAGUUGGCUAAGAUGGGUGUGAAUCUGGCUGGCCACCAGAAGAAGAUUUUAUCCAGCGUGCAGAGCCUGCAGACCCAGGGGACGCACGUCCAAGUAUAACAGUUUCCACAUAAACUCACAGUGAGACAGAGCCAAAAUGGAUGCUCCUGUGAAGAGUUUCCCCACCGAAAUGGAGUUGUAAUGGAUACUCUGUGCUUGGGCCUCCAUUGAUUUUGAGCCACACUGAGAUGGAGACAACAUGGACGCUUGACUCCUUCACCUUCUCGCAGUUUCACCAUUCUUCCCAUCCUCGAUGGGCACUACCGGCUUUAGCACUCAGAGUCCCAGCAACACAACCACCAUUUUGGAGCAACAGAGAGACACAUGUCCAACAACAAGGCCACAUCUAGAGCAUCUCAGACCAUUUCACAUCAUAUCAGCUCAACAAAAGAAGAAGAAAAGAUUUUUAACAAAUGAAAUGACAAAAAAACAAAAUAAAUUAGAAUAUAAUUAUCAUCACUGUCUGUGAGGUGUACAGUUGGUUUUUACUGUCAUUUUGUUUCUGUUUUGAGUUUUCACUUCGAAGAGUUUAAAAAGGGUCAGAAGAUAUGUAUAUGUGUAGAUAUAUGUUUAUAUGGGCUGUGUGUCCCACAACCGUAGAGAUGGACCUAACGUUUGUAUUGGUGGUGAGGUUUAUAUCGCUCAACCUUAAUAGGAGUUAUUACCUAGUACACAUAUGGCCCCUUCCAUUGCUCUCUGCAUACAGAAAGCCAAUGAAUCAGCCGAGAUUCUGAAAGACAUGAAUGUGUUGGGUGAGGGGAACAGAAAACCUGGACCUUUAGAGAUAGAGAGGGAUGUAGAUUUUGCUUGCUCAUGUAGGAUGGAAGUGAUGAUUCAUUUAAAUAGUGUAUUUGAACAGGACAAGGGCUUCCCUAGCGACUGAUCUCAGACACACUUCCAUAGCAACUAGACCCAGUGCACGUUCGCUAGUCUGUUUGCACUUAAGAUGUAACUGAGUGCAAAGAAACAGCAGAAACUGCUUAAAGUGCAGUUAGCACACAGAGACAUUUUUACUCUUCCAUAAAUGACUGUCUAUUCCAAACAACAUCAUCUAUUCAGCUGUUACAGUAUGAUGUUGUUGGGAAUAUUUUAGCCUAAGAGUCUGCCUUCCUAUGUUUCAGGUGUGUUAAGAAAGUUAUAGUGUUUUGUGUAGAGUAAAGGUGAUGCCAAGGUCAUGAUAGAGUUGACACUGUUAAGAACGUGUAACUUGUUUUUUCAGUGUUGUGCCAUGUACAGUAACCUUGAAAUGUUCAUCUGGGUAACAUAACGCCAUUAUUACCAUACUCUUUCCUUCAAUCAGUUCCAAUGGCUGGAUGGUAAAACGAGGCCACGAUAAUUGUAGUGUUCUGUCCGAAUAGUCUGCUCGAUGAACAGGAGCAUCGGAAAGGACCCUUUUUUUUUUAAACAAAAUGUAAUAAACGCAGUGUGGAUUUUGCAGCUUUGCCACCACAAUAGGGUAAAUUUCACUUUGAAAAUAAGAUGAACUGUGUGUCUUGAAGUGUCUCACUUUCUUGUUAUCAGUCAUGCCAACCUAUUUCAAGCACUCCUAGUUUCAAACCAGUACCCAUAAGGUAAAUUUAGAAAACAAUGUUUACAGCAAAUACAUUGGUUUGGUGUUUUUUCCUUAUCAGAAGGAAACUGCUGCUUAUCACAUUAAAAGGUUAAAUAUGAUGGGACCCUCUUUGUGUGCACUGCAUUAAUAGCACUGAACCUGCUUUAGUGUAUUCCCAAACUCAGUUUCAAUAUAUGUGGUACUCUAUAGGACCAACAGUGGCAAAAAGUACAGUAUAUAUGAUUGUAUCAUAGUGUAAAAUAUGUACAGUGUUGAUUUCCAAUGUUAGAAUGUUUGUAAUGAUAACAAUGAUGAUGACUAUGAUGUACUUUAAUUGUGAAAAAGAGAUUUCUGAAGUACUCGUUCAGGGGCGGGUCAUACGGGAGAAAAAGUGAAGGGAGGUGAUUCGUUGGUCUGAACAAAGGAAUGUAGCAUGGUGCGAAGCUUCAGCUUUGAUUGACAGGUGACAGUGACUGCAGUUUCUAUCAUAGUGUUAGAAUGAGUAGAAUGGACUUCUCUCAUUGAUACACUGGCUUAAUUUGAGUAAUUAGGAACAGUAAUUACAUGCACUUUUUAAGCCUGUGUCCGCCUACAACACAACUUGUAAAAAGGCUCGUUUGGAAGAGAAAGGGAUGGAAGGACGAAGGUUGAGAUAAGUCCUCCGAUCACAAACUGAACAUUAGUUAAACCACUCCCCCAAGAUGAAAUUGUCCAAUUAUAGCUUAGCAACCGUAACUAGACACAGACCUGUCAAGCUUUGCAUUUCUCCACAUGCUGAAGCGAUUUGCAUGUAGUAAGAUCGUACCGUGGCAUUUGAAGAUGGUGGCUUUUUUCAGCUUUUCCAAAACACAAAAUACAACAGCAAAAGUGUAAAGGAUUGAUUAAACAAUGUGUUUGUCUGUUCUAAUGUAAGCUGCAAUUAUUACCAUGUCUGGCUACUUAGCUAACCACCUACAGUAUAACCAAGCAUUACUUCCAAGGUCAAGGUUCACAUCAUUAAUGAACUAGCUUACGUAUGUUUGUGGGGUAACAAAAAUAAAAGCCCUGUUCACAACUAGCUCAUCCACUGUGUUGCAUCUCUCCAGUGAGUUGAAUCAGAUGUUGCCAUCAGUGUUUAGGGUAACUUGAGCAGCUGUGUCCUGCUCCUUAUUGGAUUUGGGGAAGUUUACACCCCAAAAACUGCAGUCAGCACCGAGAUAGUACCCGAGAUAGUGUCACAUCUGUCAAACACAGUGGUUAAUCCUCACCCUUAAAGCCUUUUCUGAUACUAACUCUUUGCCUGGGACAUUCAGCUCAGUCUUUCAGCACUAUAUCAUGUAGCCAUCGCAUGCAUAUUUAAGACACUUUUUACAGGGUUUUCCUUUUAAAACAAGUGAGUUCGAAAUAUUAAAAAGUCAGCCAGAGACAGCAUUUUAACCAUCUCACUGACUAACUUAGUUAGCUAGCUACAGCUAAUAAAAUAGGGAAGUGACAGUUGACCUUAUACCUGGAAAACUGAUGUUCGGUGACUAGAAGUAAAAAGUCUGCUCAUGUUUAACUCUGAAAUCAAGGACCCAGUGCUUUAAAAUAAUUUUGAUGGUAAAUCUACCAUGAUUAUUGUAAAUUACAUAAUGUGCCUAGCUUGACAGGCAUAGCCAGGAGUAACUAAGGGGGCGGGGCUUAGUCCACUGUCGGUUGGGGCGGGCUGCAGCGGGCAGUCAAGUAAAAAUUUCAGCCACUAAGGCUUUUUACUUGUGUUUUUUUUUGUUGCCAGAAUUGGUAAAAUAAUGGCACAAAAAAUAUUUUUAAAUACAAAAGGAAUACAAAUAAAUGUUUACAGCAAAAAUAAAGACAUAAUCCAGAAAUGAAUACUGUUCGCCAAACCACUGAUGCCACACUCAAAAACACAACACACAGAGUCUGAGACAGUUAGUACAUUCUACUCUUGCUAACUCUAUGAUUUCACUCUAGCGGACUACCCUUGACCGCUGGCCUUUUAGAUGCCUUAUUUACUGAGCUAUUGUUAAUUUCUGUUGCCCUAUAGAGGCGAUAUUAAGAGUGAAGUGUAUGUACAGGUAGUAUUUAUCUGUGUUCUUAAGAUGACCUCACAUCAAUACCCUGGUUUUGUAACAUCCCAGAGACCCCCCUCCAACAGCACCUUCACUUUGAUUCCUCUAAACCUGAAAAUAAUACAUAAUUAAAAAGCGGAUGACCUGUAUAAGCUGAUAAAGAAAUUGACAGAAUGGUUCUUAUUUGUUUAAGUCAUACAAAAUAAUCAAUGAUAAUAAAAAUAAAUGCAGAUUAUGGAUGUGGUUGGAUUGAAAGACUUUAUUUGGCUGCAAAAUGAGAAAAAUUCCUCAUGCAAUGUCAAGAUUAGAAAAAGACCCAAAAAUAAUGUUGCAUUACAGCCAGCAAGUUUAUUCCCACUCCCACAAAUGUUUAAGUAUACGGCAGUCAUGCCCACACUUUGGUUUCAACUCUCAAGAUCCCAGGUUUGUGUCACUAUUCACCCUAUCAAGGUUAGCUAUGUGGGUUGGUUUGCCUGAUCUCAAAUACAGUGUUUGUCCUCCAUUCCCCACCAGGUCUGUAUUGUAAAUGUUCAUGAGUGAUUCUCAUUUCAGACUCACAGCUCUCUGUCUCUUUCUCUCCUCCUCUCUCUCUCUCUCUCUCUCUCUCUCUCUCUCUCUUUCUUUGGCCACCGUACAAUGCUUAUUUGUCCCCAUGCCAGUUUCCUCUGCGUUGCUUCUUGUAAAAGGGUGUAGGCAUUCUAAUGUCUUUCAUGUUGCUGUAAUAAAUAUGCUAAUAUUUCUAAUUUCUCA